AACACAAGUUUUGUCAAACAGUCCUGACGCAUCUGAUCCUCUCUAGUGACCUGAAGAGAUGUCUGAAUUAGGCUCCAUUGACAAUCCGGUCAAGUUCAAGGAUCAAGACUAUGAAGUCCUGCUGCAGACGUGCCUCAAAUCCGCAGUUCUGUUCUCAGACUCGGUGUUUGCAGCGAAUCAAAGCUCCCUCGGUCUCCCAGCGGAUCCAGAUCCCAAGAAGGCAGUGAAGUGGCUGCGCCCUAAGGAAAUCACCAGCAAUGCCGUCUUUGUGGAAGGCACCAUGGGCACCACCGAUAUCUGCCAGGGCCAGCUGGGUAACUGCUGGCUGUUGGCGGCCCUGUCCUGUCUCACCAUGCAUCCAACUCUAUUUGUGAAAGUGGUUCCAGCUGGACAAAGCCUGAGUGAAUCCUACGCUGGCAUCUUCCGAUUUAAGUUCUGGCAGUAUGGUGAGUGGGUGGAGGUGGUAGUGGAUGACAGGCUGCCUGUGAGAGAGGGCCGUCUGCUUUUCAGCUACUCUCGCACCAGCAACGAGUUCUGGAGCGCCCUGGUGGAGAAAGCUUAUGCCAAGCUGAUUGGUUCUUAUGGCAGUCUAAAGGGCGGGAUUAUCUCAGAAGGAAUGGAGGAUUUUACAGGAGGAAUUGCGUACUCUCUUCCGGUGUCUUCGCGACCCCCGCGCAUGCUCUGGAAAGCCAUCACCGCAGCCCUGGCCCGGAACAGCCUGCUAAGCUGCUUCAUUCAUGCCACCACUGUGAAGGACAUUGGCACUGUGACCCCAGAGGGUCUCAUCAAAGGUCAUGCCUAUGCCAUCACUGAAACAGGCAAGGUCAAGAAGGCUUCUGAAGAGGUCUUUCUGCUGAGACUGCGUAACCCCUGGGGAUUUGUUGAGUACUGCGGACCCUGGAGUGACAAGUGUAAAGACUGGGACUUCGUAGACAACACUGAGAAGACGAAACUUGAAUUGGCCAAAGUUGAAGAUGGAGAAUUCUGGAUUAGCAUAGAGGACUUUUGCAGAUUUUAUAAUACAGUGGAGAUGUGCAGUGUGGAUCCAGACUCUAUGUCGGGGGAAGAGAGUGAAGAUACAAGCACCUCGUCCUGGACACUGAGCUUACAUCAGGGAACCUGGGUCCCAAUGUGCUCUGCUGGCGGCAGCCGACGAUACCCAAAAUCUUUCUGGAAAAACCCUCAGUAUCAGAUGAUUCUGUCUGAGAAAGAUGUGGAUGAUCACGAUUAUGGAGAGGGUGAGGAAGGAGAUGACGGAGGGGAUGGAGAAGAGGAUGAAGAUGUCAGUUUGUUACCUCCUGUGAGCAAAACCAGCAAACCGGGAGAGAAAAAGAAGAAGUGCACAGUGCUGGUGGAGCUUCUCCAGAAGUACCGCAGACAAAAAGAUAAAGUCAACUUCCUCUACAUCGCGUUUCAUAUCUAUAAGCUGAAGGACAGCCCUGGAUCUCUGGAUCAGCAGUUCUUCUCCAGCAACCGUGCGAUUUCUCGCUCCGGCAAGUACCGCAGCAUCAGGAGCGUCUGGAGGAAAGUUCACCUGGAGCCCGGCAGUUACGUCAUCCUGGCCUCCACUUACAGACCCAACCAGCAGGGGGAGUUUUUCCUCCGCAUUUACACCAAAACUGGCAACAUACAAGGCUUUCAGGAUUUCCCCUGCACCAACAACUACUCUGCGAUGGUAAUGUCAAAGCCAGUCUUACCUGAGGAUCAGUACAGGGUGCAGAAGUGGUUUGAGGAAAAGGCUGGAUCGGAUGAGAGAGUGAAUGCUGUGCAGUUUAUGAAUCUGGUAAACUCAGUGUUGGAAAAAGACUAUGAACUUCCUCUGGAGACCUGCAGACAGCUCAUCUUUGGAGAAGAU